AUGCGGUUUCUUCGACUCGUGGUCAUUCCAUCCAUUGCUAGCGAAACCCCCACCAGCUCUAGCGUUGUGCCAUCUUCUGUCACCGUUGAGCCCUCCAGCUCUGCAUCAUCGUCUGCAGCGCUCCCCUCAACAUCUUCUACUUCGUCGUCAAUCCUAGUGUCCUCUACACCUGUCGCGACCCCGCUACCUUCGUCGGGCGAUCCAUCUCCAACUCAGUCCUGCAUUGCACGAUCAGCAAACUACGUUUCGAACGGCAACUUCGAGACUGGAGCACUCAGCGGCUACACCAUCGAUACAAGCCGCUCAACCGUCAGCAUCGUCAACGACGCUUCAUCCGCCCACUCCGGUAGCUACUUCAUCCGCGGAACAAGUACCGAGAACAACAGCAAAGACAACAACAAGGCCAUCUUCACCCGCUACAACAUUAAUAUCCCUUCGGGCACCAAGGUCGUGGUAUCCGCAUGGUUCAAGUCGCUAAGGUCUGAGACUGAGAGAAUCCAGCGUUUCAGGAUCUACCUCGAUGGCACUGAGCUUGGUAAUGUCGUCCCUGUCAAUGGUGAUAAGAAGUGGGUCAGGGUCGGCAAUACCGAGUCGACGCCUCACACCGUCUCGAAGGCUACGCACAAGCUUGAGUUCCGUGUCGACAACAACCCCUCCGAUGGUCCAUACUUUGACAUCGAUGAUGUUUCUAUUGUGGCCGUUGACUGCAGUACUGUGUCAGUCUCGUCGUCGAGUUCGGUCAUCGUACCGUCCAGCUCUAGCGUGGUCAUAGUGUCGUCGAGCUCUUCUCCUGCUGUUGAGUCGACUACUCCUUCCACUCUCUCUGCGUCUGCCUCUUCAUCCAGCGAUGUUGUGUCGAUUGCUUCAAGUACACCUGCGGCAGAGUCAUCUUCUGUCUCGAGCGAAAUUCUUACCAGCACCUCUGCGACCGAGACUGCAGUAAGCUCAUCAGUUACUGAGAUUAUUUCAAACACUCCCCAGACUACUCCUUCCGCUUCUUCGAUCGAGUCGUCUGUAGUUGUCACUUCAAGCACCCCGGAACCUACUCCUGAGACCACACCCAGUCCUACCGACGUCGUUUCUAGCUCUUCAGACGUCACUCCCACCACGUCUGAGUCAACUCCAGAGGCUACCACUCCUAUCGACGUCGCUUCCAGCACACCCGAGCCCACUGCCAGCGUAUCCUCAGACAUCGUGUCUGUAAUUCCGGAGACCAGCCCAACUUCCUCCGACGCAGUUUCUCAGACGCCUGAAGCUAGUUCAGAAUCUUCUCUAGAAAUCACUCCUACCCCAUCGUCUUCAGAAGUCGGCACAAGCACUCUCGAACCUAGCCCGACUUCUUCAGCAGUGGUCUCCCAGACUCCUGAGACGACACCAAGUGCUUCUGCAUCAGAGACCGCAAGCUCCACAAUUGUCGAGACUAGCUCGUCUUCUUCCGAGGCGAUCUCCAGCACUGUUGAGGCUGUGACUAGCUCUUCUGAUGUCGCGAGCGUAACACCGGAGACUACUCCUACUCCUACUCCUUCGCCAGAAGCAUCGCCUAGCUCCAGCGGCGUUGAGACCACACCCGGCUCUUCUGAUGUCGUUUCCGCGACGCCUGAGACCACUCCCAUUUCUACACCAGUAGCGACAUCUUCCGAGGUUUUAUCGAGCACUUCUGAGGCUACGCCUACCUCAUCCGAUGUCGUAUCUGCUACACCAGAGGUGAUCUCGACCGCUUCGUCAGCUGUGGUUGAAUCGACUCCCAGUCCUACAGAUGUCGCUUCUAGCACACCGGAGACAGUUUCUAGCUCUUCCGAGAUUGUCUCUAGCACUCUCGAAGUGACAGUGAGCUCUUCAACUUCCACGACUAGCACGCCGUCUCUAGCCUCGAGCUCCACACCUGCUCCCGUUACACCCACUCCGACAACUCUCGUGACUCGCACAUCGUCAUCUACCGUCUCCUCUUCCACAACCACUUCUGUUCAACCCUGUGUCACCCAGAAGUCCGAGUAUAUUAUCAACCCUGGGUUUGAAACAUCGACUAGUGGCGAUUACCUCAAGCCCUGGUCGCAAACUCCGAGCGGCGCAUUCAGGACCGGAACCUUUUCCACCAGCGACAAGCGCUCCGGUUCCCGUGCUCUCAAGGCUAUGACAUCUGGAAGCGCGGCUUCAGAAUUCACGAUUGCACAAGGCGGUAUCACUCUUCCAGAGGGUACGGUGGUCAAGAUGUCUGCUUGGGUGAAGCCACUUCGCUCCGGAUCCACCGCGGGCGCCCCUCUAUCGUUCACGUUGAACUUCGACGAUGUGGCUGUUGCACCUGUGUUCAUCCCCAAGAACUCUGAUGAGGAUAAGUGGGUGUCUAUCACAGGGACAGUUACAGUCAAGCGUGGAGUAGCACACACUGUUUCCCUGGACGUAUUGACUAAAGGAAAGACGGGCGACAUCUUUGCUGUUGACGACUUCUCCAUGCAGGCGACCUUGCCUACCGGUACCCGCAUCUGCCCUAGGUAA